AUGUCUCUGAUCACCGAUGAAAUAAGAGCGGCGGCAUCGGAGAUGUACCGCGGCGACGACAUCUUCCAGGAGAAAUCCAAGUUCCUCCUCACCGAAAUGGGGCUUCCCAACGGGCUCCUCCCUCUCCGUGACAUCAUCGAGGUCGGCUACAUCAAGGACACCGGCUUUGUGUGGCUCAUCCAGAAGAACAAAUGUGACCAUCGCUUCGAGAAGAUUGGGCGGCCUGUGCAUUACGGCGCCGAGGUCAUGGCCUACGUGGAGCAGAAGAGGAUAAAGAAGCUCACGGGCGUCAAGGCGAAGGAGAUGCUGAUGUGGCUCACCAUCUGCGACAUCUACGUCGACGGAAAGAUCACCUUCAAGAGCCCCACCGGUCUCUCCCGCUCCUUCCCUGCCGACGCUAAAUUAAAGGGUUAA